CAGAGCAGAGCCAGCGUGUGUGGUGCUGCUGGCUGAGCUGGAGGAUCGAGCCUGACGCGGUCCACAGAGGAGGAAACACUCCAAGGAACAGCAGGAGGUGCUCUGUCUGCGGGAUAAAAAACACAAACACAAAUACACGCACUCUGAUAGAAACAGACAAACUCAGUUAGUGAGAUUGAAUCUCUUUAACACGUCUCACAGCAGAGCUUGUGUUUGCAGCUGAAUGCGCGCUGCAGAGUGGAGCCUAACUCCGGGAAACAAACCUCUGAGGAACAUCUCCACCAUGCCGUGUUUCAGCGCGCUCUGUGUCUGCUUUGUGCUGCUCCUGAGGCCGGCUCUGACACAAACCUUCUCCGAGGACAUCCAGGUUCUGGUGUUCCUGCCUCAGAAUAACUCGUACCUUUUCUCAAACGCGCGAGUCGCUCCAGCGAUCCUUUACGCACAACAGAAACUGGAGACGGCCGGAGGAGCGUACUCCGGCUUCCACUUCAACAUCCAGUUUGAGGACUCGGACUGUUUGAACGACGCUCUGUACCGGCUGGUGGACAGGUCGUGCGGGCUGAAGCCCGACCUGAUCCUGGGGCCAGUGUGUGAGUACGAGGCGGCUGCGGUGGUGAGGCUGGCGUCCCACUGGAACAUCCCGGUGAUCUCUGCAGGUGCUCUGGCCGCAGGCUUCAGCAACAAGAACUCCGAGUUCUCCCACCUGACCCGCAUCGCGCCGUCCUACGUGAAGAUGGCAGAGACGUUCAGCGCGAUGUUUGAGCACUUCACCUGGAGGAGCGCGCUGCUCGUGUACCAGGAAGACAAGGAGGAGAGGAACUGUUACUUCACCGUGGAGGGGAUCUAUCACCUGAUGGUGGACUUACACAUUAAAACCUAUUCUUUCUCCAGAGACGAGCGAAUGGACACCGAGGACAUCCUACACAACAUCGAGCAGACAGAAGUGGUGAUCAUGUGCAUGCCUGCAGAAAAAAUACGAGAGAUCAUGCUUGCUGCACACAGACGAAGGCUGACCAACGGAAACCACAUGUUCUUUAAUGUUGAACUCUUCAACGCCACUUCUUAUGGAAACGGCUCGUGGAAGAAAGGAGAUAAAUAUGACAAUGAUGCAAAACAAGCCUACGCCUCCCUGAACACUGUGACAAUGCUCAGGACCGUCAAGCCUGAGUUUGAAAACUUCUCCAUGGAAAUGAACAAGUCCUUCAAAAAUUCUGGAUUUCUGGACUGCAAUGACUGUGGAAGUGUCAACAUGUUUGUUGAGGGGUUUCAUGAUGCCAUGUUGCUGUACGCGAUCGCCCUGCAUGAAGCCAUGAAAAAUGGAUUUAGUAAGAAGAAUGGAACAGAGGUCACCUCUCACAUGUGGAACAGAACUUUUGAAGGGAUCGCUGGCCAGGUAUCCAUGGAUGCUAACGGUGACAGAAAUGGAGAUUUCUCGUUGAUGUCCAUGACCAAUGUUGAAGCAGGAACCUACGAGGUGGUGGCCAACUACUUUGGUGUAAAUGGAACGUUUCAGCUGCUUCCUGCCUUCAACACUGACCAUUUCACUCUGAAAGUAAAAUAUAAAGAACACCUGGAGAUACCUGACAAAUCAUGUGAACUGGGAGUAUCAGCUAUGACUGGAGUCAUAGUGGGAGCUGUUCUUGGAACUGCAAUGCUUAUAGGAUUCUACUUUUUCAGAAAAAACUACAGGAUAACCAUUGAGCGCCGCACACAUACUGAAGAAUGCGACACUGGGAAGCACCGUCAGUUACGAGAGGACUCCAUCAGGUCAAACCUCUCAGCAGCGUAAUCAUCAGCACCGACUGUCUCUUCACAGAGAUUCACACAUCUGAAUGUGACCAAAGACUUUGAAAUGGUUGUCAGUGGAGCCAUGCUGUUAAAAAUUAGACAUGUGUUUUUAUCCUUUUAUUGUUUUGUUUCUUGUAACUCAGGACAGUUGUGACAGUCACAAAGCACCACUUACUUGGAUUUUUCCCCAAUACAAAGAUAUAUGAUUGUAUUGGUGUGUGCAGAGAGCUUUGGCCAUAAUAUUCUUUAAGAACUUUUUAAGGAAUUGUUUUAGAGAUGUUCCCAUGACUGUGAAUGAUUCAGAACAGACGGUGUAUCUAAAACUACAGUGGCAUGCACUAGUUAGAUGGUUAGGUCUCAAGACAAACAAGAACAUGUUGUUUUUAAUGACAUCACUUUGGAGGAAAUGAUUCAUCUGGAACUAAAGGAAAGAGAUAAAGGUGAGAUCCAUGUCUUAAGGCUGAAAGCUACUGAUGUUAAAGUGAUAGUUCAUUUAUAAGUGAGAUAAUAUGAGGAACUUCUUAAUAGUUGGUAAAAUACCUUCAUAUGAUGGAGGUCAGGACUCUCCCAGUUUGGAGAAGCAGGUAAGAGUAACUUGCAGUUUCCACAGGAUCCUUGUGCGCCACAUUCUGUUUGCUCCGCGCACUUCGGUGCUGAUUGCACACUCCCUAGACAAUGCAUGUGAUUUCAAUGCAUGGGCUGCAGUCCUACUCCAGCGCGUGCUAGCAGCGCUUUAGGUGAUGGAGUACAUUGCAAGUAUCAAGCUAAAAAUAGCCGAUCUACCCAGACAAGGAAAUCAGACAAGGGCACACAUAGCACAUACAGUCACUUUCAAGUCCAGCUGCUCACGGCUGUGCCUGAGCUUCAGAAACUGACCCAGUGGGUUUGGGUUCCCACUGUCGGAUGGAGAAAAACCACAGCUGAGACAGAAUGCUAUGCACAUGGAUCCUGUGGAAUCCACAAGUAAACUGUUCAAUAGCUGAGGUAUGUAAUGCUGUGGACCGGAGCAGCAAUAAAUUGAGGAUACCAAAAAGGCCCCCCAUAUACAAUUUUGUGUUUAAGUCCUUGUGUGUUAAGAAAGAGACAAUGAUUUGGGUUAAGUAAUAGAAGUACUUCACUGAAUGAUGUCACAGAAAAUAUUAAUAUGUUUGAAAUGUUAAUGGAAACAUGAUAAAACAGGACUGUGUUUGACUGGAUUAUGACUGUUAUUAAUCCAUAUUUAAUAGUUAUUUUUUCAUCACUUUAAGGUUCCGGUUUCUGGGUGGUGGGGCUAAAUAAGGGGCUUGGUCACAUAUUGGUGUUCCUUAGCCUGAUCCCACCCUCUAGCACUACAAUGAUAUAAAAGCCCUCAGCAUGAAGUUCCUCUGAAGGGUGGCUGGACUCAGCCUUAGAGAUAGGGUGAGGACACCCAACAUUUGGGGGAGCUUGAAGAAAAGCUGCUUCUCCCUCACAUUGAAAGGAGCCAGUUAAGAUAGUUGGGGUAUCUGAUUAGGAUCCUCCUGGUAGCCUACCAUUGAAGGUUUUCUGGAUACUCCCAACUGGGAGGAGAUCCCUGGGUAGCCCCACAGCUGGAGGAAUUAUAUGUCCCAUCUGGCCUGGGAAUGCCUCAGAAUCCCCCAAGGGGAGUUGCUCGGCACAGGGAAGUCCAAUUGUCUUGCUUAGCCUGACUUUGGAUAAGUGAAAGAAAAUGGAUUGAUGGAUUUUAUUCAUUACUGACAUUUGGCCUUGUGCUGUAAAACAAACUUAAUAUACAUGUUGUUUUUGCUUUACAUGGACUUUAAGAAUCACAGCCUUUACAAUUUAUGUCACAAGGCAGUCUAACCCCACUCUCCUGACUUUAACAGUCCUGCAUCUGUUUGGACUGUCCAUUGCUCCAAACUGCCACCCUGAGCUGUAAAUUCCAGUCAACAUACUGCGUCAACUGACGCCACCUACAAUAAGCUAGAGGACAGCGUCCAGAAAUUUCGUCUAAUGGGUUGUUCAACCGUCCACCUGCCCUAGUUAUGGGGUUGGCAUUAGGAGGCAGCUGGUUUUUCAAGGUUUUUAAAUUUAAGUAAAAUUAUUAAGUCUACUUCAUUGUUCUCUUAUGAUUGUUAAACUCAUGCUUUCUUGUAUAUGUUAUCUCUACCAUUAACCACUGACCAAAAAAGUAAGUUGUUUGAUAUGUGCAGGAAUGGCACUCUUUUAGCAUUACAUUGAUAAAAUGUAUUUCUAAAGGAAAGAGUUAUCUGGUGGCAGGAAUACACAAAAAAAUUCAGCAUGCAGUUAAACUGAGCUGCAGGCCAUAUCCACAGCGGUGUUCAGCUUAGCUUUCAUGCUGGUACUCUGGUCUGUUUUUCCAAACAGGGGCCAUGAAGGUAAUAUCCUGAAUAUUGACAAGUUCCUCAUACAAUUCUCUGUAAAGUAUGUAACCCCCCCCCCCCCCCCCCCCAAGCUGCUGAUGUUGUAAGGUUUUAAGCUCACAGUAACCCUGCUGAAAUGCAGCAGCCUCUGUACACAAACGUUUUCUAACUAAGCACUUUGCUCCAAAAAUGAAAUACACUGGGUCACAUUUCAUCUUCAUACUCAUCUUUUCUAUGCUUUUAGAUCACCUCUUUUACCACGUAUUUGUCUAUUUAAUUAAUUCCACAAAAUUGUGGUUUCUCUUUCUGAUAAGGUACACUUAACAAAUAGUGCUUACUUAAUGGUUUAAAAAACAUUUAACUUAUGCUUAACAGGUUAAGUAUAAGGCUAUAGCUAUAAAAACAACAUGGGUUAGAUUGGUGUCGUUUGUCCUUAUAAUCACCUAGAGGCAAAUAAGGAAGACUCAAUAUGGGAUUUAUUUUUUUAUCCAUUGCCUACCCUCUA